AUGGUUCAUAAUAUAAUAUUAGAUGAACCAGUCAAGAGAAAACUAGAACGAUUAGAGAAGAUUUUUGGCAUUGGAAAUAUCGGUAGUUUAUUUGACAAUGGAAGUGAUGAUGAAGUUGCUGUUGAUCCAGAUUCAGGUCUUAAAGAUACUUGUCAUGUUCUUAAAGGUACAGAAACUAGUGAAAUAUUUACUGCUGUUCUUGGUCUUGUGGAUAUAACACGUGGAACAAAUUCUUAUUAUAAAUUACAAUUACUUCAAUCUGACAAUGGUCGACAAUGGUUUUUUUUUUAG